AAAUAUUGAGUAUUUCCGGAAGAGUUUUGCCUUUACUUCUCCAGGCUUUGAUUUUGAAAACAGGCACAUCGUCUUCUUUUGCUGUACUCGCUGGUCCACAAAGAAAACAAAAAAAAAGGAAAAAACGAAUAUAUAGAUAUUCUGAUUUAAUUGACUUCGAAAUUAAUCUUGUAAGCUGAAAAUUGGAAUCCAAAAUGCAGUUAAAGGAUUCAUUUUAUUGGUAUUUUUUUGGAAUUUUGUUUCUUCAAUUUUCUUCCAGUUUUUCUCAGAGUUCUCCAGAAUCUUUAUAUUAUGUCGGAGCUGUAGUCGAAUAUCAUCCAAUAGAAGGGCUUUCCGAAACCGCUGCCACUUCUAAUGUUGAUAAUUAUAUAAAAAUAUUGAAAAAGGCCAAGAAAUUAAAUUCUAAUUUAGAUAUUAUUGUAUAUCCCGAGACUGGUAUAUUAGCAGAAUCUGAAAAUGAAUUCUUUUCAAGUAUUGAGGAAAAACGAAAUCGUUUCUUAUCACUCGCACCAAAAUUUCCGGACAUUUCUGAAAAAUUAAUACCAUGUGAAACAAAAAGUGAAUCAGAGAUCCUAAAAAAAUUAUCAUGCGCCGCAAGGGAGUACAACACUUAUCUCGUAGUCAACUACAUCGAGAAAGAGGAUUGCAAAGAAUGUCAAAGUGGCGACAAAAAAAAACUCUUUAAUUCAAAUAUAGUUUUCGAUCGUAAUGGAACUGUGAUCAGUCGCUAUCGAAAAUACAAUCUCUUUCAGGAAUUCAGUUUCAAUGUAACUCACGUGCCUGAUAUUUCAAUAUUUGACACCGAUUUUGGAGUGAAAUUUGGCCAAUUUAUUUGCUUUGAUAUUCUAUUUAAAACACCAGCUCUUGAAUUAUUGAAAACAAAUGAAAUUAAAGAUAUCGUCUAUCCUACCCAUUGGUUUGCGGAAUUACCAUUUUUAGAUGCAGUCUCAAUUCAAGCGGCAUGGUCACAUACAAAUGAUGUUAAUUUCCUGGCAUCUGGCUACAAUAAACCAAUAACUGGCUCAACCGGAAGUGGUAUUUAUGCGGGGAGAAAUUCCAAAAUCCCAGCUACUUUUCAUGCGAAUCAAAAUAAAAAUGCUUUAUUAAUAGCAAAUGUACCAAAAGUUAUUGAUGGCAAGAGGGAUUUUGAUAGUUUUGACAAGAUUAGUUAUGAAUUUACAAAUACUGAGGUGCCAACUAUUGUCGAUGAAACAAUUCAAAGUGGUUAUUUAACCGAUUUUCUUUCUUCAUUCAACACUAUUGUUAUUCAACCGGAAACAGAUCAGUUUAUCACUCUUUGUAAGGAUAAUUUCUGUUGUCAUUUCAAUCACAAAGCAGAGCACAAUAAAUCAAUUACAGACGAGGAAUAUUACAGAUAUCGUUUUGGUGUUUUCUCUGGAGUACGACCUUAUGGAGUUAUUAAUGCAGGAGUUCACGUUUGUGGUUUAAUUAUUUGUAGGAAUGAUUCCUUAAGUAGUUGCGGUAAACCAAUUGAUGAGAAAAAUGAUAUUAAAUUUCGAACGAUUUUCGAGAAAUUUCAAAUAACGGCAAUUUUGCCAAAAAGAGAAAAUGUUAGUUUACUAAAUUUGCCAAUUUCUCUUCAAACUGAUUAUAUACCACUUGAUUCGGAGAAUUUCUCGUUUCAAUCAAUUGACAUUGCGAAUUUUCAAAUACUCUCUUUAAAUCUCAAUGGAGCAGGGAACAAUUUAAUGACUCUUGGCAUCUACAGCAGGAAUUUUUCAUCUGAUGGCAAUCAAUUGACAACCAUCGAAACGCCAAAGUCAUGGUUUAAAUUUACAUGAUUAAUUUUAAAAUUAAUCAUGUAAAAUUAAUCAGUAAAAUUUUAUCGAAUAGAAUAGAGAAAUUUAUUGAAAAAGAAAUUAUUAUUUCACUGAAACUCUUUCAUUCUAUUUUUUAUUAUUAUACAAUUAAGAUCUCUAAUAAUUAAGAUUGUUUUAUAUUUACAUUUUAUGAAAUUGAUAAAAAAUAAUAAAUUUGCAUGUACUUAAAAUUU